AAUACUAUCGAUAUUUGAAUCGACCCGCCCACCUCCACCACACACUGCCUGAACUACAAGAAGUGUUGUGCUUGUGGAGUGUUUAAUGAGUUGCCUACAUGUUGUAUUUUAGUUCGCUUGAAGCUACGAACAAUGAGAAGCUAUGAAGUGAUUUGCUUUUUCGCGUUGGCGGCUGUUUUGGCGGCGGGAGGACGGUGAGUGAAUGAAGCGUCGGUCUCAGCACUUGAACAGAACAAAGGGUCUUCUUCGCUCCAAGUCACCAUUGUUUUGCCCGGAGAGCGCCUCUUUUUCCAAGUGGUCCAAAGGUGAGGGGCAGCUGGUGCUCCAGUCAUGACCCCUGGGAAUGGCAACACAAACAGCAGCCAACACAGAGGACAGAGCAAGCCAAUCCCAGCCCUAGUUAAAUCCCACAUCCUGACCCAUUUAAUAGAGGGCUUUGUUAUCCAGGAAGGUGCUGAGCCUUUUCCGGUUGAACGUCCUUCCUUCUCAGUUGAUUGCCUCAGGAGAGACACGUCAGACUCAAGGAUGAAUGGCCUCUCACCAAAGGAUUUCAAGUCUCAGCAAGAGCCCACGCUUACGUGUGAGCUAUGUGGCAAGGUGGACUUUGCAUAUGUCUUCAAAAGAUCCAAAAGAUUCUGUUCAACAGUAUGUGCUAAACGAUACAACGUAGGAUGCACAAAAAGAAUGGGUCUCUUCCCAAACCGCAAAUCUACCCUGGAGGACAUGAAGAAACAAAGAACUCUGACUGAAAACCACAAAAACUACAAUAUGGAGUCUAAAAACAAGACAUCUUCCUGUGUGCAGAAGUCUGCUGGUCACAUGACUCACCCUGCACAGGGAGAAUCCAGCCAAUGUUCAGACUUGACCAGCUAUAAUCAAGCCCCAUCCCUCGUCUCAGACAACCAGUGGGGGCCUCAAGUGCAAGAUUCUGAAGACCACACAACACUCUUCAACUUCCUAUCCAGUAACCCCGGCGAGUGGAACGUGGACGAUGUUUACGUAUUUAUCUGCUCUUUGCCAGGUUGUCUGGAGAUUGCUGAGGGUUUUCGUUCUCAAGAGAUCGACGGCCAGGCUCUGCUGCUGCUGAAGGAGGACCAUCUCGUGGGGGCCAUGAACAUCAAACUGGGCCCGGCGCUAAAGAUUGCUGCCCAAAUUAGCAUGCUCAAAGACUUAUAGCUCAUCCCACACACUCUUUGUCUCAGGUCAUCCAUACGUCCAUCUUGCAGCUGUUGAAAUUGUCAAACCCUACUUACAGAAUAUGAUUCAUAGUACAGAACUACGUUUAAGGAAUCUUUUUCUCCAUGUGCUGUCAACUACUAAAGUGUAUCAGGUCAGUGGUAUUUACAUGAGUUUUUGGAAGAAUAUUUCAGGCCUGACUUCCUUAACACUUUGAAACACUGAAUUGUUUUCAUUUGAAAGAGGGUAUCAACAUGUGUUUGUCUGUUUAGGUUCCUGUGUGUGCUUGUGUACUUCCAAAGCCACAAUCCUACACCAUACCGUGUACACUACGCAUUUAUUGUUAGUAGGUAGCGAUAACAUUGCUGCAGGUCAUGUUUUGAAUCAGUGGCGGAAAUAUUUUGUGGUUUUGUUGUAGGGGUUUGAAUCAGUGUUCAUAAUGCAAUAUGAGCGUUUAACUCUUCAGUUUAAGAAGCGUAAGCGUGUUUUUUUUAAUGCAUUUUAUUAAACAGAAUAUUUUUGGAUUUGUGUGUG